CNCCCCCCCUCCUCUCUCUGUCCUCUCUCUCUCUCUCUCUCUCUCCUUGCCACAAGGUCACAAUGGAUCCCUCCUCCACCAACUCUGUCAAUGGCUUCUAUACCUUUCUGACUCGAGGGAUCGACGAUCUAGAACGGGUAUACCUUUCAAAUAAUUUCAUGUCAAUCCAAUUCCUUCAAAGGGUUCUUUCACUUCUCCGAUCAUUUCAUUCCCAAUUGACACUCCUUGUCCAAAAGCUUCAUUUGCCUGUGGGGGAGAAGUGGUUGGAUGAGUAUAUGGAUGAGAGUUCCAAGCUGUGGGACGCCUGUCAUGUCCUCAAAUCAGGCAUUUCUGGCAUCGAAAAUUUCUACUCUGCUGGGUUCAAUAUCACUUCCUCUCUUGAUACUCAUCGCCAUCUGAGUUCACAAGUUUCUCGCCAGGUGAUUAGAGCAAUAUCAGGGUGUCGACGGGAAGCGGUGGGAUUGGAGGAGGAGAAUCGGGCACUGAUGGAAGCAAGAAUUCAACCUCUCUCUCUAAGAUUUGAUGAAAAAGUAUCGAUCGAAUCAAAGCUGAACGGAUUCAAUGGAUUCAGGGGAGUUCUGUACGCAAUGAGAAAUGUGAGCUCACUCCUCCUCAUGAUCUUACUCUACGGACUGGUUUACUGUUGGCCGGAAUCGAAUUUUGUAAGAGGAGGGUAUGAAGGGUGUCUGUUUUUCGGUUCAGCUUUUAUGAUAUCGACGGCGAGAUUGCAGCAGAGAGUCGCCGGAGAAAUCGGUCAGAUGAACGGGAGGCCUGGGAUUUUGCUGUACGAGUUUAGGAGGUCGAAGAUGGCGAUGGAGGAAUUGAGGGCGGAAUUGGAGGGAUGGGUGGGGAUGGGGUCGCAGGGAGUAGUGGAAUGGGAAACAGAGAUUGGAAUUAGAGAAAGGGUUGAGAAUUUGAGAGCCUGUUUUGGGGUGCUGAGAUCUGGAGCUGAGAAUAUUGUUUGCCAACUUGACGAUUUCAUUGAUGAAAUCGUUGAAGGCAGGAAGAAGCUUUUGGACUUUUGUAGCCACAGGUAGACAGUCACAGGGAUGGAAAAAUAUUGUAGUUGUUAUGGUUCAAAGGCCAAAAAAGAAAAAAGAAAAAAGAAAAAAAAAAAGAAAAAAGAAAAAGAAGAAGAAAAAAACUUUGAAAAAAACUAGUAGAAGAAUCAAUUGUUGGGAGUUGUUGUACCUUUUAACCCUUCCCUGCUUCUCGCUUCCAGUUUUUUCUUUAAUCCUCUACAAAGUAUAAACAAUCAACAGGUAAAUGAAGGGGCAAAAAAGAAA